GACGACACACUUUACAGUGUGCGCUGCGAGCUCGCGCUCAAACAGUGCACAGAGAGAGCGCGCGCGCUAGAGAGAGAUUGAUGCAAUUUUACAACCUCUCCGAGACGGACGGCGCAGCGACGCUAUAGCUCCAACAAAUAGCUCUAACCUGGGGAAAAGUUUAUACGCGCAGAUCAGAACAUCCUCCGUGCGUGAGAUCCGCAUUCAGGGACUCUGAGGAAGCCAUGGAAAGUUAAACAUCUGGAGGAUUUUCUGAUAUUGUGUUUAUAAUGGACUUCGGAACAACUCGGUGACCGGGAGAGUUUUUCAGCGACUUUUAAAGAACCAAAACGUGCACAGUCCACGAUUAGACUGCUCUUUUUUUUUCUUUUUUUUUUUUGGAGGGGGGGGGCGGUGCAAAAGGAUUUUUGGGAACUUGUUCGUACUGAUGGUGCUAACAUGCUCUCCUGGAUACUUAGAGUGAGUUAGUGCUGAAGAAAAACCCGAUGCGAGUGAAGAGCAACAGCUGGAAAGGAUUUUCCCUCUGUGUAAUUGGGUGAAAUUCGUUGGUGGACUAAACAGACCUAGUUUCAGGGUUGUUGUUUUUUUUUAUUUAUUUAUUAUUUUUUACCAUACUUACAAAAAAAAACAUUGCAAAAAAAAAAAAAAAAAACACGCUUUGUCUUCAACUUUUCUUCUGAUUGUCCAAUAACGACGGCGUGCACCAAAAUGCCGCGGCGUGCGGAACGUGUGGGCUUUUUCCUUGCGACUUUGUGCCUUUUGUGCUUCACCCAGAGCAGCGGUCAGUACCAUGGCGAGAAGGGCAUCUCGAUCCCGGAGCACGGAUUCUGCCAGCCCAUCUCUAUUCCUUUGUGCACGGACAUUGCGUACAAUCAGACCAUCAUGCCCAACCUUCUGGGUCACACCAACCAGGAGGACGCCGGACUCGAGGUGCACCAGUUCUACCCGCUGGUAAAAGUGCAGUGCUCGGCUGACCUCAAGUUCUUCCUGUGCUCCAUGUACGCGCCCGUGUGCACGGUGCUGGAGCAGGCCAUCCCGCCGUGUCGCUCUCUGUGCGAGCGGGCCAGGCAGGGCUGUGAGGCGCUCAUGAACAAGUUCGGCUUCCAGUGGCCUGAGCGCCUGCGCUGCGAGAACUUCCCAGUACACGGCGCGGGCGAGAUCUGCGUGGGCCAGAACACAUCCGAGGCCGGAAGUCCGACAUCCGACCCGACACCAUACGUACCCGAUCUGAUCACACUGCCGCCUAAUACAGGUAGAAACCCUCAGCAGUUCACUUGCCCGCUUCAGCUCAAAGUGCCCUCGUACCUCAACUACUACUUCAUGGGUGAGAAGGACUGCGGCGCGCCAUGUGAGCCCGCCAAGCCCAAUGGCCUCAUGUACUUCCGUGAAGAAGAGGUGAAGUUUGGACGCCUCUGGGUGGGCAUCUGGUCCAUUCUGUGCUGCGUGAGCACCCUCUUCACUGUGCUCACCUAUUUGGUGGACAUGAGGCGCUUCCGCUAUCCCGAGAGACCCAUCAUCUUCCUGUCCGGCUGCUAUUUCAUGGUGGCUGUGGCCUACGCGGCAGGCUUCUUCCUAGAGGACAAGGUGGUUUGCAUUGACAAAUUCAACGAGGAUGGUUACAAGACGGUGGCGCAAGGUACAAAGAAGGAAGGCUGCACCAUCCUCUUUAUGAUCCUUUAUUUCUUCGGUAUGGCGAGCUCCAUCUGGUGGGUCAUCCUGUCCCUCACGUGGUUUCUCUCAGCCGGUAUGAAGUGGGGUCACGAGGCCAUAGAGGCCAACUCGCAAUACUUCCAUCUGGCAGCGUGGGCCGUUCCUGCGGUCAAGACCAUCACUAUCCUCGCCAUGGGUCAGGUGGACGGAGACCUGCUGACUGGCGUGUGCUAUGUGGGCAUAUACAGCGUAGCAUCUCUGCGGGGCUUCGUACUGGCGCCGCUCUUCGUUUACCUCUUCAUUGGCACGUCGUUCCUUCUAGCAGGCUUUGUGUCGCUCUUCCGCAUCCGCACUAUCAUGAAGCACGACGGCACGAAGACUGAGAAACUGGAGAAGCUCAUGGUGCGCAUCGGGGUGUUCAGCGUGCUCUACACUGUGCCCGCUACCAUCGUGAUCGCCUGCUAUUUCUACGAGCAGGCUUUCCGCGAGCACUGGGAGAAGACGUGGCAUAUGCAGACGUGCAAGCGCUUUGCUGUGCCAUGCCCGGCUGGCAACUUUGCACCCAUGUCGCCCGACUUCACCGUGUUCAUGAUCAAGUACCUGAUGACCAUGAUCGUGGGGAUCACGUCCGGAUUUUGGAUCUGGUCCGGCAAAACGCUGCAGUCCUGGCGCAGGUUUUACAAAAGACUCAGUAACAGUAACCAGGGGGAGACGACUGUAUGAAAACGGGACAUGACCCUGAAAAUAAGACACAAGACUGAAAUUUUGAGGAAAUUGGUUUGCCGAGCCUGGAUGACACUUUUUUAUUUUAAUUUCUGAGACAUUUUCUUUUAAACGAACCCAAACACAAAACUGAAACGUUAUGCAGUGACAAACACGCUUCACAGCAAGUUCACUUUGUCUUUUGCGAAAUUAAAAUCUGUGGACACUCAGACAAAGAUGUGCCAACAUGCUUUCCCAAUCUUAUGGCCUAAUCACCUUUAUUUUUUUUCAUGUGAAAGAAAUAUUUUGACUUUGCCUCUAUGUAACAGUAUAUUUUACAUGUGAUCUCUGCACAUUUAAGGCCUACAUUUCACGCGCUGUAAUCGGCAUAGUACAUGUAGCGCUCAUUACUGUGGAAUCGUGAUUUUCUUCUUUUUUUUUACCCAUGAAUAUUGACUGUGUUUUGCUUUACAGAUGUAUCCUCUCUCGUCUUCUAUGGACUUGUAUGACUUUCAGAGCCACCCGCUGACAAUCAUGCAUCGUUUAUGUGGCACAAAAGCGCGUUGGGUUUAGGGUUGGAGAGCUACAUGCAUGUGUUCAGCUGGGGAUUUUAUGCAAGCUCCUUUUAAACUGCGUAACUUGUAAAUAAUCACCCUUUCUUAAAGAAUAUAUGUAUUUAUGAAGAUAAUCUUGUUGUUUUUUUUUACUUGAUUUUUUUUUUAAACAGAAAAUUGGUAAGAGGACAUUUGUAUAUGUACAGUUUCACCAAAUAAAACGAUUAGAUUUUUAAUUAUCUCCUUUAUAAGUAUUCAUUUCUUUAGUGUUUUUGAUGAUGAUGAUGAUGAUGAUGAUGAUGAUUUCAGUCAUUUGUUAGUUCAUUUAAAACACUGAACUACGAUUUCAUCCUAAUAUAAUAUUUUGUGUAGAAUGAACAUUGAAAACAGAAAAAAAGAUUAUUAUUAUUAUUAUUAUUAUUGGUGAGGAAUAGCAAGCGCAUUUAAAAGUCACAAACUCACAAAUGAGCUAGAUCUUCGCCAGGGCUUUUAAAAGGCAACACGUGGCGACACGUUGGGCUUAUAUAGAUUAUAAACAUAUAAACAAGCAUUAUAAAAGACAUUAGUAAUUUACCAGGGAGAACUGCAAAAUCGCCUCAUUAAUCUUCAUUAAUAGCCACCUAUCAGAGAGUAAUGGCCGAAAGCGUUUUAUAUCAGUUAGAGAAAGUGUACACCAGUGAGAUAGCGCCCCCAAUCGGUGGACGGUGUUUAAAAAAAAACUUUAUUGCCCCCUGAAUUUGGGCUUCUCAAAAUGGGGUCCAGGGAUGUGUGCAGUUAGGUAGUCCCUGAAUGUAUUACUCUUUCAAUGACAUGAUUAGGGUGAGGAAAUAUAUGCUAUAAUAAUAUAGUUAAUAUUAUACAAGCCUAAUUGACUGGUCACUGGACUGUUCAACUAUUCAAGCAUAAACAGUGAAAUCUAUAGUUUUAAUAAAAUUUAUAUAUAUAUAAUACAAAA